CGCCCACCUGGCUGGAGGUAGAUCAUACCAUCGCUUAUACUAACACAACUCCAGCAGUCAGUCGUGUACAAGACUCUGUGGUGGUGGUGUCUGUGUAGUGCCAUCAUGUUACCCUUAACAUACCGGUAUAUUUUCCUUCUUGUGGUUCUGCUCUUUACAGGGUAUGCAAGAGGCGAUGAUACUGUGGAGCAAGAUCUGGGUGCUAGCAUGGAGGGUUCACGCACCGAUGACAAUGUAGUGGCCAGAGAAGAGGAAGCUAUAAAGUUAGAUGGUCUUAAUGUGGCACAAAUCAAGGAAAUGAGAGAGAAGGCAGAAAAGCAUGCAUUUCAGGCAGAAGUGAACCGCAUGAUGAAGUUGAUCAUAAAUUCUCUGUACAGGAAUAAAGAGAUAUUCUUGAGAGAGCUCAUCAGCAAUGCAUCAGAUGCACUGGACAAAAUUCGACUACUUUCCUUGACUGAAAAAGAACAGCUUGAUACGAACUCUGAGCUUGUAAUAAGAAUAAAAGCUGACAAGGACAACCAUAUCCUCCACAUCACUGACACUGGCAUUGGAAUGACCAGAAGUGAUCUUGUCAACAACUUGGGCACAAUUGCUAAAUCAGGCACGUCGGAGUUUUUCUCGAAGCUUCAGGAAUCGGAGAGUGCUGAUCAGGCUAGUGACUUGAUUGGGCAGUUUGGAGUUGGUUUCUACUCGGCUUUCCUCGUUGCUGAUCGUGUAGUUGUAACCAGUAAACACAACACUGACCAACAACAAAUAUGGGAAUCUGAUUCUGCAGCUUUCUCAGUUGUUGAAGACCCCAGAGGGGACACACUGAAGAGAGGUACAACAGUUUCUUUGCAUUUGAAGGAAGAAGCCUAUGACUUUGUUGAGGUAGAUACUGUGAAGAACUUGGUAAAGAAAUAUUCACAGUUCAUAAAUUUUCCUAUCUACUUGUGGGACUCAAAAACUGAAGAGGUUGAAGAGCCUCUUGAUGAAGAUGAGGCAGAACCAGAAGAGGAUAAGGUUGAGGAGGAUGAUGAGGAAGGGAGAGUGGAGGAAGAGAAAGACAAACCAAAGACAAAGAAAGUAUCUAAAACUACAUGGGACUGGACCCUGCUUAAUGAUGCCAAGCCCAUCUGGACAAGGAAGCCUGCAGACAUUGAAGAUUCAGAGUACAAUGAAUUUUACAAGACACUCAGCAAAGAUUCAAAGGACCCUCUGGCAAAGACCCACUUUAUAGCUGAAGGAGAAGUUACCUUCAAGUCACUACUGUUUGUACCAGAAGUUCAACCUUCAGAGUCUUUCAACAAGUAUGGUACACGAACAGAUAACAUAAAGCUUUAUGUUCGAAGAGUGUUCAUUACUGACGAUUUUCAGGAUAUGAUGCCAAAUUACCUGAACUUCAUUAGAGGGGUGGUAGAUUCUGACGACUUGCCUCUGAACGUUUCUCGUGAAAAUCUUCAACAACACAAACUGUUAAAGGUCAUAAAGAAGAAACUGGUACGCAAGACUCUAGAUAUGAUUAAAAAAAUGGAACCAGAAGAAUAUGAAAAAUUCUGGAAAGAAUACUCUACAAACAUAAAGUUGGGAUCAAUUGAAGACUCUGCAAACCGCACUCGUCUAGCCAAAUUACUACGCUUUCUGACUUCAGCCAGCAAGGAUAAGCAGACUUCUCUGUCAAGUUACGUUGAGCGAAUGAAGGAGAAGCAAGAACAUAUAUAUUACAUGGCAGGUGCUUCAAAAGCUGAGGUUGAAAAUUCUCCAUUUGUAGAGCGCCUAAUAAAGAAGGGAUACGAAGUGUUGUUCCUGACAGAAGCUAUUGACGAGUAUGCUAUAAAUGCAAUACCGGAAUUUGAAGGAAAGAAGUUCCAGAAUGUUGCGAAAGAAGGCUUGACAAUUGACGAGGGUGAGGGUGCAAAGGAGCACCUGGAAGAGCUAAAAAAAGCUUUUGAGCCCUUAACAAAAUGGUUAACUGAUGAAGCUCUGAAAGAUGAGGUUUCAAAGGCUAUAAUCUCAGAGCGCCUCUCUGACUCUCCAUGUGCUCUAGUGGCAAGCAUGUUUGGCUGGACAGGAAAUAUGGAGCGGUUGGCUAUAUCUAAUGCUCAUCAGAAGACUCAUGAUACUCAUAGGGAUUAUUAUCUUAGCCAAAAGAAGACGUUAGAGGUAAAUCCCGUCACCCACUGAUUAAGGAACUCUUAAAACGUAUUGAAGAUGAUCCAGCAAUGCUACAGCAAAGAACAUAGCA